AUUUUGGGGGACUGAGCCAUGCUUUAAGACUGGGACUGUCACAAUCAGCUGCAAACCAACAAAGGUCAAAGGUUAAAGAUUCAAAAUGAAUCAUAUUCAUGAGUAAGUUGCUUUUGUUUAGAUCUGUGGUUCCCAGUGCUGAUCUAAAAAAAAUCUCAACAUUUUUGUUUUGGUUUGAGAUUUUUGGAGAAAAUUCCAAAUUAAGUCCUUUUAUGAAAGAUAAAAGUUAGCUUAGUUCCUCCUUUUACCAUUUCAUUUGUCUAUUGUUAAUUUCUAUUUGAUUCGGCCAACCUCCAGCCAUUCUUUGACCAGUUUGAUGUAGUUAUUAUUCCAAAAGCAGGAGCCAUUUUUUACAUUUGCUGUUUAGACUAAUAGUUUAUUAUUAUUUCCACACGGGGUUUCUUACAGAAAACAUUAAGGUAAAUGAUCUCAUUCAGAAAAACGGGACUGCUUUUAAUGCACCAAUCCAAACAUCCACAGCAGGUGUUAACUCGUAAAUCCAUCCAGGCACAAAUAGGUGCAGAUGAAUCCACCUCCAUCUCCUCCUGGAGAAUUAUCGUCUUCCUCAUGAGGCAGCUCCAGCGCCAGGGUCUAAAAGUAAUCAGUCUCAAGCGCAAGUGACCCUCCUGUGAUUGCCUGCAGGUUUUCACAAAGGGACCCCGCUGCCUCCAUUCCCAUCCUAUCUCCCAUUCAUCCAUUCAUCUGCCGCACCACGCUGCCUGGAACGGCUCCCUCAGGGGUUGAUGCAGCCCAGCCAUGCCGUUUUAUCAACGCUCCUUAACAAAGACGGCGGCGGCGUCCCUCGGUCAGCCUGCGGUGACUCAUUGCGCACGGUCAGUCCGUCAGGGCGCUCGGAGUUUGCGCUCGGCAUCGGAGGAUCGAUACCUCUAAAGACUCAUAUUCUGCUGGAAGGCGUGGCUUGGUGUAACAGACACAAGGUUGCUUUUUUCCCAUAUUCAUUCCCAGGCUCAAGCCUCACCUCUCCAUCACGAGCGUGCCAAACGGAAGCCGCCUGCACGGGACAUCAAGAAAGCUGCGCAAAGAGGCCAUCCGUGCCUCGGUUUCUCUGAAAAACAACAAUAUUCAAAGACCAAAACAGUGAAAUCAACAUGGGAACAAACCCAAAACGGACAGUGACGGUCCAGAUGGUGCCUGAGUUGGCUGUGGUGGACUCACUGGGAAAUAAGGAGUCUAACGCCAACUGGGAUAACGAGCCCCACCUCAUCGUCUCUCAGGUCUGUCCAAACACUGCUCUUAUGUCCCCGGAGCAGCUGGACGAACCGUCUCUGGCUACUGCUUCCUCCAACAUCCUCCCACCUACCGAUAAAACAGCUCCUAAAGGAGGCGAAGCAGUUAGCAGCAUUGUGUCAGAAAACCCAGCACUAGGAAUCAGAAACCAGACGAAGUCUGAGCCGAGUAAAGGUGACAACCAACACAACCUGUCCCUGACAGGUCAAGCAACGGGUGACCAGAAGGAUUCUAACGCUAACAUAAAAAUACAAAGCCCAACUCAUGGAAUGGAUGUGUGCAAGGCCGGUCUGCCAGCUGCUGUUGCCGCUUCAAAAGUCGAAGUGCAAAGCGAUGACAGUCGAGUGAAAGGGCCAAGUCCACCAGAAGAGGAUCGGGUAAAGCUGACGUCCUCACCUACCACACAGAAAACCAGCGAUAAACACAUUUCAACAAAUGACACACAUCAAAAUAACCCUAGGGAGGUAAGGAAGGCGACAGCUGACUCACAAGACAUCAAAGAAGGUGUUUCGGCUUUCAGAAACUCAGAUUCUGCAGCUUCACAGAAAGCCGACGCGUCAGAUAAAGUAAGCUCAGUCAAACCUGAACAAAGCACUGAAACUUUAACGUCCCACACCUCCACCAAACCUCCAUCCACGAGGAAAGAAGAAGUGAGCAAGACUAAAAAGGAGAAUUUGUGUUUAACACAUCCAGAGAAGAACUUCCCAGUGGCAAAGACAGAGGUCUCCUUGGAUAAACAUCAUCCAGCGUCUUCACACCAAGAUUCCCCCGCUCUGCCCCAGGCCACCUUAAGCAUGUCAACAUGUGGGCAGGUGGCGGAGAAAUCUGGCCAGACUGAGGCAGCCGGCUUUGCAGUAGAGCAGCACUGCAAGCUCUACAGGGAAGCGUCAACUAUGACCUCAUUGCUGUCGCCAGCCCCGCUCAAGCAGUGUCAUGAUAUGGAGGUUCAGGCUGUGGCAGAUACAUCCAGUAAAUCUGUGGCCACAAGUCCCAGUCUGCUGUCCUUCAAUGUGGCUCGAAGGCCAAGCAGCGGCACGGUCCCUCGGGAGGAGGCGCAGAGUCUGGCUGUAAUGUACUCGGCUAACGAUGGUCUGGGUUUCCAUCAGAUUUACGCAUCGUCUCUAUCUGGUGAUCAGGUGUCGGAUAGACUAGGUGUCAAAACAGAGUUGGGCUCCAACCGAAAUGCUGCUUUCAGCUCGGAAACGUUGCCCCAGCAGCUAGACUCCAGGCUAGGAGCGAAGCCUAAAGAGCCAGGAUCGGCUCUGUGCAGCAUUCAACCGGUUUAUCAGAUCAACAUCGAGCACAGCACCCACAAAAAGCACAAUGAGACGAGCGACUCCCAUCACAAGAGCGGAGCUGAAACGUCUUUGACUAAAACCUCCCCUGCUGAAGCUCCCUCUGUCGGAGCAGCAGCGGUUGUUGCUUGUGCUGACAAAAACAAUGCUACGCUGUCUCAGGCUGCUGUUACAACCAAAGCUGAGCAGGCCCUGCCUGCAACAACAGCGGCGACAGCAACCAAGUCAGGUCCAACCAAAAAUAAAGAAUCAGCAAAGGAGAAAAAUUUGAGCAAACAGGCAACAGAAUUAAAAAGUAGCGACAAGGACGGCAUGUCAGGGAAGCAGACCGACAAAGGCGUCCAAGACGUAGUCUGGGACGAGCAAGGGAUGACUUGGGAGGUCUAUGGUGCUUCUGUGGACCCAGAAUCUCUUGGCUUUGCGAUUCAGAGCCACUUGCAGUGUAAAAUCAGGGAGCAGGAGAGGAAACUGAUGGCCCAGGCCUCCUUCAGAAAGUCCCUUUCUGGUGUGGAUUCGCCACAACAGGGCAAAAAGAACAAAAGGAGGCAGCAGAACAUUUUCAGGUCAAUGCUGCAAAACGUCAGGCGGCCCAACUGCUGCGUGCGUCCCUCUCCCUCCUCCGUCCUCGAGUAGCGCCGCACAGGGGUGGCCGAUGUGAGACUUCUGUGUUUUCCUAUGGGUCACGGGGUUUGCCCUUGCACUGUCGUGACUGUGGCGGGGAGUGAAUCAUUACUGGGACUCUGGUCCGUACCAGUAAGUAUACAGUAAUGUUGUAGCAUAAAGAGCUGAAAUGUGUGUGAUGUUUGUGAACAAAGAUGUAGGAUGUAGAAGCAUAAGACGAAAACUAGAAAGACAUAUUUUCUAGAAAUAGAUGUUAUAAAAAGAGAAAGAAGUUUUUUAACAGAGGCAAUAACAGUGAAGCAUGUAUCUUAGUUUCAAACGCAUCUGUGCAACUUCAGACGUUCACUGUAAAACAAUCAUGAGCUAGACACCUUAUAUCUGCUGUGAGAAUAUCUGUGCAAAUAUAUAAAGCUAACACGUCUCUACAUGUGUUGCAUUUGGUUUAUGUUCUCAAAGUGAUUUGGGGCCUGAUAUUUGUUUUUUUCUUGCAUUCGUUUAUUUUUAGUAAACUCACUGUUUAAUCUCUGUUAGUGUUUGGAAUUUCUAUUAAAUAUGAUCAAACUUU